UGCUGCCGAGCAUGCGCAGUGCGACUUGUUGGCUUUAGUUGGGAUGCAGUUGGUUCGGGGGCUCGGGGCAAGAAUCGGGAGAGGAGUCGGGAUCUCUGCGGGGAAUCGGCAACAAAGGAGCUUUUCCAGCGGACAGACAGAUGCUCCUCGACGUACUCCCUUGUACAACUUUCACCGCGAUCAUGGUGGAAAGAUGGUGGAAUUUGCUGGGUGGAGCCUUCCAGUGCAAUAUAAGGAUAGUCACAUCGCCUCCCACCUGCACACCCGCCAACACUGCUCUUUGUUCGAUGUCUCCCACAUGCUACAGACCAAGGUUCAUGGAAAGGAUCGGAUACGUUUCGUGGAGAGCCUGGUAGUGGGUGACAUUGCUGAGCUGAAGCAGAACCAGGGCACCCUGACCCUCUUCACUAACGACAAGGGCGGGAUCAUUGAUGAUCUUAUUGUCAACAACACUUCAGAGGGUUUUCUAUACGUUGUGUCUAAUGCUGGUUGUGCAGAAAAGGAUUCGGCGCACAUGAAGAGUAAACUACAAGAGUUUAAAGCGGCUGGACAGGAUGUCGAUUUGGAAGUUUUGGAGUUUGGUCUGUUGGCUCUACAAGGUCCCUCUACAGCCCGUGUUCUGCAAUCUGGACUGACCGAUGACCUCUCCAAGCUCCCAUUUAUGACUGGAGUGACUACAACUGUGUUUGGGGUCCCUGGCUGCAGAGUGACACGCUGUGGAUACACAGGGGAGGAUGGCGUGGAGAUCUCUGUUCCCGGGGAUAGAGCCGUAGAGUUGGCUGAUAAGCUCCUGCAGAACAGUGAAGUGAAGCUGGCAGGUCUGGCUGCGAGGGACAGUCUUCGUUUGGAGGCCGGUCUCUGUUUGUAUGGGAAUGACAUUGAUGAAACCACCACUCCAGUUGAGGCCAGCUUGGUAUGGACACUGGGUAAAAGGCGCAGGGCAGCUAUGGACUUUCCAGGAGCAUCUGUGGUUGUACCUCAGAUAAAAGGCAAGGUUGCAAGGAAGAGGGUGGGCUUGACCUCCACUGGACCGCCUGUGAGGCAACACACACCCAUAAUGAACACGGAAGGACGUGUUAUUGGGGAGGUUACUAGCGGCUGUCCUUCUCCAUGUCUGAAGCUGAAUGUGGCUAUGGGUUAUGUGGAACCUGAAUAUAUGAAACCUGGCACUGCUCUGAAAGUGGAGAUCAGGAAGAAACUUGUGGAUAGCAUCACCAGCAAAAUGCCAUUUGUGCCAACAAAAUAUUACACUGUGAAAUGAAAACUGUGACUUUGACGUGCACAAUCGUCACACAGACCAUGCUAGGGCAACCUGCAGUCAUCAGGCAGCUUACAUAUAGUACCUAUAUUGCUGUGUGACUGUGCUUGUAUCACUAUGUAACUGUUUUGCCAAUGAUCUGUCUGUGUUCUAAUUCUGUAUUGUGGGACAUUGUGUGCAGAAUGCUUUUUAAUAUUGUUACCUGUAUAAGUAGAUGGAAUGGGAUAGGGACCACGUUCCUGUUGGUCAUAUAAAGUCUCUGGUCUUUUUCUACAUGUGUCAAAAAUAAAAGCAUUCCUGCUCCAGUAUGUGGGCUGUUA